AUCAAUCAGGAAAAUAGAAGAUGGCUGAUCAAGCAUUCCAUGUUAGAUCCACCAGCUUGCCAUCCAGAUCCCACCCAGCUGCCGCCCAAAUUGAAGGAAAUCUGCGCAAGAUUAGAGCUUGUUUGGGUUCCUUAACUACAUCGGCUGUGUCGGACUGUCUGAGAGGGCUCGGAGAUGUCUACGAUGCAAUCGAGGAGCUUCUUCGUUUGCCCGGCAAUCAGCAACACCUCGCCCAUUCGAACCAAAGGAAAUGGUUGGACGAGGAGCUCGAUCUCUCUCUCCGGCUGCUUGACCUGAGUGGCGCAAUUAGGGACAGCCUCGCCUUCACUAGGGGUCAUCUGCGAGAAAUUCAGCUCUCUGUUCGGAGAAAAGCAUGCACUGAUGUCAAGAGCAAAACAGCACAUCACUACGACUCCACUCCUAUUCGAUCCAUAAAGAAGGCCUUCGCGACUUCGAUGAGAUCAUUGCAGAAACAGAUGGAAAGCAGCAACAAACGCACACCUUGCUCAGCGAUGGACGCCAUGAUGGUUGAGGCGAGGGAGAUUUUGAUCGCUCUGCUUCAAGCGGCUUCUUCGUUCUUAGCAAUGCCGAGGAUAAAUCAAAAGGGAAGCACUCGCAAGUGGUCGCAUAUGUGCGAGUUUUUGCAUACAAAGAAGGUGGUUUGCGAGGAGAAGGAAUGGGGCGCGGGAGGGGAAUUCUUGGACGCUCUCUGCGACAACAUUUGUGAUCUGGAGGGCGGAUUGGAAUCACGUUUCAGGAGGUUGAUAAAAAAUAGGGUUUCUCUCCUCAACAUUCUCAGCUUUUAGAACACCAUGCCCGGUGAAGAUGACAUUGUGUAUUGUGAAAAAAUUGUGUAUAGUUCAAUUUGUGAAGUUCAUUUGUGUAUAUCUUGAAGUAUUGUACUUCUAGCUUCUUUAUUUUGUCAUAACAACAAUUAUCUCAAAAUCUAUCA